GGUUGCUAGGUGCUGGUGUCUGGUGCUUCUUAUUCGGAUGUCCGCGUGUCUGUUUGUCUGUCUGUCUGUGUUUCAGAGAAGUUGAGAAUUGAGGUCUGGAGAGUUGCCGAUGUUGCUGCUGCUUCAACCUGUGGCUGUGCUGCGGCUGUAGUUGCUACUUCUGCUGCUGCCGCUGGCGACAGCAUCAGUGGCGGCUGGCUGCCUAACUGACUGCUGAGAACGGCAUUCACUACGACGGGUAGUCUUGGUGCGACUGCUGCCGCCGCCGCCGCCGCCGUCGUCGUCGUCGUCGUCGCCGUUGUUGUCGUUGUUGUUGUUGUGGUGGUGGUAGUGGUGGUGGUGGCCGCUUUCUGGCGACGGCUGGUUGUGUUGUUUGGGUCGUAGCGCUACGCCGUUGCAGCCUUUCAUAUUGACUGCUUCUGGUACCGCAGUCGUUGUCGAUACGUCCCGUGGUGGAAGUAGUGGCAGGCUGCGGAGUUAGUCCUCCGUCGUUCCCAGUUGUCUGUCAUGUGCUGUGACGGCCACAGUAACAAGUGCUGUCCCAUUGCCGCCAGCUGCCAGCUAGAAGCAAAUAACUUAUAACAAAAAGCUAUGAUGUUCAGCCCUCUCACUGUUACUGUUAGCUAUGACGAUACUAGUUAAGGGUACAUCGUUCAUCACUGAUACUGAGGGCAUGCAUUAACGUAGCUCGCCUGUGCUCCGGCUGACGGCGUUAAGUAGUUGUCACUACCCCGAGCCUGGUUUCGUCGAAAGUUUUCAAAUCAUCGUCUCGUUUUCGUUCAGUUCAAAUGAGUGCAGAAAAAGGAACACGUUGUCAGUGCACGCCAACUUGAACGGCGACGGAGCAUCACUGACGAGAUCAGAGUAUCGAUGUGAUCGGUGCGUUAUGGCUAGAGUGUGCUAGAGUGUUAAUGUUCAUGUCCUCGGUCCGUAAGUCUGUCCGGCAGGGCGUGGAUUUCGACUCGGUUAUCAAAUCACGCCCUUGACCUUCCCUCUUUUCCACCAAGGAUUAGCGGAUACGGUGUUACGAUACGUUCGGGCAAAAGAUAAUGCACGAAACGAACUAACUAAGAUAGAGAAGUCCAAAGAAGUUCGAUGCUGGUGACGAUCGUGGUCGCUGUGUUCAGUUCUAUUAUUCUGUGCUAGAAAUUACCUCGUAUGGUUGUUGGUAUUGGCCGAUUUUGUGGAUGACGAAGAAGACGACGAAAUAAGUGAUCACAAACACCGUUGAGCCAGCGAGUGACCGAACGGAGCAAGGCUGUCUGCCAGCAACAGCUAUGGCCUCGCCCGAGUUCGAUAAACGGCUGGAGGAACGGAGCAGUCUGCGGAACCUCAUCUCACAAUGGAAUGCCAACCGUCUCGAUCUGUUUGCGCUUUCGGAGCCAAACGAGGACCUCGAAUUCCAUGGCGUGAUGCGUUUCUACUUUCAAGAUUCGGACCAGCGAGUGGUUACGAAAUGUUUACGCGUAGCAAGUUCAGCCUGGGUGCGCGACGUCGUACCGACACUCAUCGAGAAAUUCCGACCAGAUAUCGGAAUGCUCAGCGCGCCAGACUAUUCACGCUAUGCUCUUUACGAGAUCCAUGAAAAUGGUGAAGAGCGAAAACUCGCCGAUGAAGAGCGACCUCUCAUCGUGCAGCUCCGAUGGCACGAACAUGACCGCGAAGGCCGGUUUCUUUUUCGGCGGAUGGAUGCCAAAAGUCACCUACCUCGUCUUAAUGAGGAGAAUUCAUUACGAUUUCAAAAAAAGCGUAUGUCAAAGCGCGAGAAGAAAAAACUGGCCAAGAAACAGGCCGAGUCCGCUGCCCAGCUCAGGACCGAAGGUGGUGAGGAGAAGAUUGCCCACAAACUGUACUCAGAAAUGCCUGAAACCAGCUUCACGAGGAGCAUCUCCAAUCCAGAGGCUGUUAUGCGUCGUCGUCGUCAGCAAAAACUCGAACGGAAACUUCAACAAUUUCGAGAGGAAAGUGCCGCAUUGGCCUCAAGGCCAGGCACGGCAGGCACUGCUCCUGGUGCAGGCGGGGGACCAGGCGCUGGAGGAACUCUUCGUAUUUUUGGUGAAAGCCUGAACCGCGAUGUGCCGUAUAAGACUCUGUUACUAUCGAUCAAAGACUCAGCGGCUCAUGUCGUUCGAGAGAUGCUUGACAAGUACGCACUGGAGUGCGACGAGGCUGCUGCAUCGAAAUACUGCCUCGUUCAGGUGUUUGUGGCUCAGUCUCCGAAUGGCGGUCCGAAUGAUGGUUCCCUACCUGCAGACUCAUCGUUAGUCAAGGAAUAUAUUCUCGACGACGACGACUGCCCCUUGGCGAUUAUGCGUCAGCACAAUCGAAAUAAGGGUACGCUCUCUUUUCAUAUUCGACGUCGCCCGCACGACUAUCAGCCGCGCAAACGAAAGAAGAAACCGAAACCGGCCCAGCUGCCUGAAGGGGUCACGCUCGACAGGUUACCUUACCUGCAGGAAAUUCGGCCUUCACCAGACGGUUCUUGGCUGGAGGAGGGCGCUAUUCACAGACUUCUACCAGACGUAACGGAAAUUGGUGGUGUGGGAGGCGUUAUGCCACCUCAUCCGCAGAGUCUAGUGGUGCCUGGGUUGUUGCCCCGCCACUGUGUUAUUGCACACACCCAUGGAGGAAUUGUCACGAUUACACCAAGUGGUGACCUUAAUGCCGAGACCUAUCUUAACGGACAACGUAUCCGAGACACGACCAUUCUACAGCACGGAGCUAUUCUGAAGCUGGGAUCUCAACAGCCACAGCCGGGUUCUGGGGAUCCGGGUGUCCGCGGCGGUCUUCAGGGACACACGUUCCGCUUUGCCGACCCCGCUGCGGCAGCUUAUCCUCUCGCAAUGCAGAAUCCCCAGCCGCAAACUCACAGGGUGGACCCAAUGGGACCCCGUCCUGCUUCGGUAAGCGGCGAGUAUGACUCAAAGAAUGAGCGUCAUGCAUCGACCAACAGCGACGGGAGUAUGGUCGCUUCAGGAGGUCAUCAUGGAUCUGCAGUGCCCCCUGGAAGGGAUCCGAUUUUACCUGCGGUGCUCGAGUUUUGGGAAGAUCAUGAGAACGUGUUUUUGGACAGCGUCAUCACUCGGCUAGAUCCUGCACAAGUCCAAUUUAAACUGUCGCCUACAUACGCUCUAUAUAUGGCUGCCCGGUACCGGGCAUCCACGCAUUUCCGACCGGAAUGCUCGCCUAAUGAACGUGCCGUCCUUCUGACCGGCGUCGUCGAUCAAGUGGCGCGGCUGAUCCAGCGUGCCGUUGAGGAACGGUGUACAAUGCCGCCACCGAAUUCCGCGCCCAUGGCGCAACAUCGCGUCCAUUGUUUAUCUUUCUGGCUAGCUAACGCCUCGGAAUUGCUCCACUUCCUCAAAAACGAUCGCCAUUUGUCUGCGUACACGCUGGAUGCUCAAGAUAUGUUAGGCGAAAGCGUGCAGAUGUGCUUCGGCGGUCUUGCUAGCUGCCUGCAGGCUGAUCUUGAUGCCGCAUUACCGCCGUUUAUCCGAAAUCCGACCGAUGUAAACGAUGUGGACGGUGCCAUCGCCGAUGUUGUCAACGUGCUUGCUGGUAGCAUGACAUUAUUGAGACGUUGUCGCGUCAACGCUGCCUUGACCAUUCAGCUGUUCUCACAACUAUUUCAUUUUCUUAAUAUGUGGCUUUUCAAUGCCACCAUUAAGUCUGCGAUGAAAGGCUCGACGCAACACAACAUGUGUCACAGCCUCUGGGGUUCAUGCCUGAAACGCCGCCUCUCUAAGGUAGUUAAAUGGGCCGAGAAACAAGGCUUAGAAUUGGCCGCUGAUUGCCAUCUCAGUUUAAUUAUCCAAGCAGCCCAUCUGUUGCAGACGCACAAAUCUCAAGAGAACGCUGUCGAUUUGGUUCAGACAUGUUUCAAAUUGAACUCACUUCAGCUGCGGGCCAUGCUUGAGAAAUACCGCGUCGAUACGGAAAGCGGAGAGCCCCCACUGUCGCCAGCGUUUAUCGAACAAGUGUGCACAAUGGCAGAAUCUAGGGAAGCAGCGAGCCCUGAACAAGAUGUCCGUUUACAGGAAGAUCCCAAUUUACAACUACCUUUCCUGCUUCCAGAGGAUGGCUACACCUGCGAAGUGAUCCAAGGAGUUCCGCAGGGUCUCACAGAGUUUCUUGCCCCGCUCACCAAUGCGGGUCUCUGCAGACUUACGCUACAACCUACGUCUAUCGGCCUUUGGACUAUUUAUAUGGCGGACCAGGACAUACACAUAAGAAAUAAUUCGUUCGCUCGAGAAGCACAAAAUAAUAAUGAGGAAUCGAUUUACAAUCAGCCGCCACCUCAUCCGCAGCCCAUUCAGCAACAACAGCAGCAGGCGGGGCCUCAAGCCAGGACCAUAAGGGAGCCUCCACAAGGCCAGCCUGUACGACCAAUGCAACAACCUGAGAUUUGUACUCUAUAUCUGAAAAAACUUAACAAAUCGAUGGGCUUGUCAAUUAUUGCAGCAAGGGGUUAUGGCCAGGAGCAGCUUGGCAUCUAUGUGAAAAGUAUCGUUCCGGGGGGAGCGGCAGACCAGGACGGUCGUCUACAAGCUGGCGACCAUCUCUUGAAGGUUGACGGCAACUCGCUUAGCGGUAUUAGCCAAGAUAUGGCCGCCCAACUGAUGAUGCGAACCGGCGACGUCGUCCGUCUUGAUGUAGCAAAACAGGGAGCCAUUCUCCAUGGACUGGCAAAUCUACUUCAACAGUCGCCGAUGACACAGAGUGAUCCAAAUAAUAGUCGCGAAAGCAUUCGCCGCCUGAGCGACCGAGAUGCCCCGUCAAGAGUUGACUAUCCAAACAGCGCUCACACGUUGCCGAAUAUGUCGAUACAUCAGCAACAGCACGCACAAAUAGGACAGCGGAUACACGAAAGUAAAUCAGUGCCGCAGCUGAAUUACGCACAAGGUGGCCAGCCGUUAAGUGCACACGCCUAUUCGUCCCAACAGCAGCAGGCCUAUCCCCAGCCGCUUGGCCAUGAUGGGGCGCGUGCCGCGAGCGUAUCUUCUUUGUCGAACCACUACGAACAGCAUCCUAUACCCAAUCAAUCGGUAGGGCAACAACAGUUAAUAGGAGCUAAUUCACCAUCUAUGGGACCACCGCUCGGGCCCGUACGGUCGGGUAUGGUCAACGCUCCGCCGGUUGUUGGCCCGAAACCGCCUCCCGGUGUUCAUCAGCAACCUCGACGAAGCGGCGAUUACGAUCUUGGCGAAUCCGUUUACCAGAAUAUCUCGAUAUAUCAGCACAAGACACAGCAUCAAAACACGCACGGGCCGCAACAACAGUUUAUGAGUCACCAGCGUCAUGGGCCACAACAGUCACAGCAACAGCAACAGCCCAUGGGUCAAUAUGGUCCUCAGGGUCAGUACGGGCCGUCGAAGGGUCCACAGAUAUACCCGCACGGAAUGCAAAUACCUGGUAAGCCUGCACAGCCUGCUGCUACCAUGCACCCGAGCGCCAUCUAUGGUCAAUAUCAACCACAGCCUCACGCAGGUCAGCAAAACGCGCCCCUCAAGCCCCAGCACGGCAACUACGCUGAUCAGAUGGGCCAAAACCCACCAUAUGAGAAUCAUUUAAUGCCGAUUCCGCCAUCGCAGUACACACCUGCACAGGUAGCACAAAUGCCAACUCCACAACAUUCUCAACAACGCACACCGAACGGCCUAGUGCCCCCACAUUAUCAGAACCAUAUCCCACCGAAUCCUCGAGUACACUCACCGUCACGACAGAGCACGAAAGCAUCGCAAUGGCAGGAGACUUCGAUUAUGGAUACGGUGCGGCAAACUAGCCAGGACAGUUCGCUGCGGCAUGCCACCAGCGAGAGUUCCGUACGCCAUUCCUCAACCAGCCAAAGCCCAAAUCAAAUGCGUGCGGAGGCCAAGGUGGACGAGAUCCGAGAGGAAGUCAACAGGCGACAAUUUCGAGAGAAGCAACAAUUAGAGCGACCGGAAACGCUUGUCAGUAGCAGCAGUAGCUCGAGUCGAUCGGGUCACGAACAACAGCAGACUUCGACACGCAAAGUUGAGAUCAGGGAUCGCUUUGAAAGCAUCGCGCAGGUAAUGCCCUUGGCCCCUAAUGGCAUCCUAGGUAAGACCGCACGUGAGGAGAAGGAACGCCGCGAACGUGAGCGCCUUGAGGAGAUCCUUCGAGGCAUCGACAUGGAGAUUGACGAGCUGGAAGCCCUGCCCUCAAGAGACGAGAAACAAGAAGACCGGCUGCGGUGCCUUCGACUCGAAAGGGAGUUCCGUCGACGAGCUGAUGAAGGCGAUGAAGAUGAUGACGAAGAGGACACAAGGCGGAACGACGUCGAACGAAUCGUCCAAAUCCAGGAAAACAUCGACAAAGCAAGACAACAGCAUCUGCAACAACAAACACACCAGCAGCAACAACAAGUUGAAAGGGAGAAGCAGCAGCAGCAGCGUGAGCGGGAACGUGCAAAAGAAAUCAAGGAACGGGAAACGCAACAGAAGCAGCUUGAGGAUGCGACAGUACGACUGGACAGUGUUGCGUUGGCGGACCCCGAGGACGAACCACCACCUUUACCCAAGUCACCACCGCCGCCCCUUGACGGGUCAACUCCAUUAAACGACAACAGUCAUGACGUGAACGCGACCACGAUAGCGACAACCGAAUCAGGCGUGACAAACAACCAUGGAUCCGCCCCACUUCAGUCGGUGCUCAAAAAUUCGAAUGGAGUAUCAAGCAGUCCAAGCAAGGGCAACCUAAAACAGCCAACUAUAAACAAUAACGAUAGCAGUGGUAGUAAUAACAAUAGCAACAAUAAUAACAACGAGGGAGAAGCACCGGUGAAGCCUCCGGCAAAGAAGAAGGUCUCCUUCCACGAGACGCACACAGAAGUCUCCUACGAUAACUAUGAGGAUGACUAUUACGACGAGGACGAAGAUGACGAACAGAUGAUUGAAAGCGAAGAUUAUCAUCGUCAGAUGGCUAUGCAAAUGGAACACAUGGAACAUAUGCAACAUUUACAACAACAGCAGCAGCAGCAGCAGCAGCAACAACAACAACAGAUUGCUUUACAAAGCGAGCCACAACAACAACAACAACAUCCUGCGAGCGGUGGACAAACACUGCAGACCGACGGUUUGAAUGGUAAAGUAGCUGGAAGUGAGAACGAGAGAGCAGAGAAGUACACACUCGAAGAUAUAGAUGAAGUGCUCAAUCAACCUCAACUUACCUUCAGCCCACAGGCGCCUGGGGUCAUUGGAAGCCAGGAAGUGUACAGGGAUCCCCGGCAGCGGAUCAUCAAUGCAAAGCAGAGUCAGAAGGAAAGCAAUCCCCAAGGCCCCGAAAAAUUGACCUUCCAAGAGAAGAUGAAGAUGUUCGCUAAAGAUACUGGCGAGCGAACCCCGAAAGCUAAAACAUCGGUAUCAAAAGCACAACGUGAGAUCGACCAUCUUGCCACUCCCACAUCUCAAUGAAGAGAACUUUCGCAAAAGAGACCAUUACACUGACUAUAAUCAUCACCAUCAUUAUAAUAAAACACACUGACGAAGAAAGCACCAUUCCAUUGUUCACAUUCAUAUCGAGUGUAUUAUCCAUUGACAAUCAACAUCGAUAUAGUGGAAAUCAAUUGGGGUGAGGCCUUCGAGCUAUUUUGUAAAAAUAUGAUCGCUGUCGUAAUCGGCCUAAAGCUGUGGCGGUGAACCCUUUGGUCAGAUAUUAAAUAUUUAAUCAAACCUCACCAUCGAUUGUAAAGUACCGCUAGUUGAAACAAUUAAGCGAAAAAACAAGUCACAACAGCAUCCGACCGGCAUUUUCAAUAACCGGGAAAGUAACGUCUUUUAUAUCUACGAAGCAUCUAUAAGGAAGGGUAAAUACGCGGGGACGCAGAGUUUGUGACACAAAAAGAGCCUUUGACGAACGUUGCUUAUUAUUGAAAAGGCUUUAGAGUCCUUUACUUGUCAAGCCAACCUUGAGAGAAAAUUCUAUAAACAGACGCGCUGGUGUAGUAUGUUAUCUGCCUUAUCUGCACGAACUCACGUAUGACCUUUGUAUCGUUGACAAUUGUUCAUCCGUCAUGGCACAUCUCAUCUAUGGUCGUUGUUACUAUUACAUCUGAUCAUGGCUCAAGCGUUGUACAUAACGUGCCUGCCUGCCUGUAAGGCGAAGCGUAAGUGCCUGGGCAUGUCACCCCAAGGCGGCUCUGAAGCAAUCGACAUUUAGGGCUAUUGCUGCUUGUCAGAGAUCGAAGGGGGAGCCCCUAACGGUUAAUAAAUCGAACGCGCUGUUAUACGAGACAGAAGUUACAAAUGUAACAGGAUUGACGAGGUCUGACACCUGUCUGAACGUUUGGCCUAUGUCGACAUAGAAUAACAUAUAGCAUUUGAUAUCUUCCUAAAGAUGUUGGGAAGAUUUCACAAUGUUUUGCGUAAGCAGAAAAAAGUGGGGAAAAGUUCGUUUGUUCUAAGGAAAGUAGCACAAUAAUAUGAAACAGUUAAAUAAUGCGGGAGAUACGCGGAUUUUAUGAUUAUAAUCUAAAUAGGUAAACUUUGAAUAUUUCGCUUACUCUCGACAGUCGCUGACGAGCACAAACAAAUGAGAAACCGAAAGGAGAGAAAGAUACUAAUAGUUACCCAGUAUAAAAUCCCUCUUUCUCUAUAUAUAUUCAGAUAGACGUACAGUAUAACUAUAAUUAUUGCUCUAAGGUCAAUAAUAACGACACGAGGGAGUAAUAAUAAUAUUUUUAGAUAUAUAGUAUAGUAAAAAAAAA